AUGCCAGACUUGGAGAGUGCCAGUGAGGUGGCUACUGACCUUAAAGCUGAAAACCAUGAAAAUGUAACCCUGCUGUUAGGCUUUGAUCAUGGAAAAGUUGAGUCCAUUUGCCUUCAGGCUGCCUGUACUUGUAAGUCCACAAUAUGCCAUCAGUGGGGGUCACCAAUAACUUGGACACUGCAGAGGGUUUUAGCUGAGCCUUGUUCACUGCAUGUGGAGAGCUCUGAGGCAUCUGUGUGGAAUGCUGUCCACAGGGAAGAAGGGGAGGGGCAGAUUCCUCUGGGUGGUAGACUUGGAUCAGCCCUGUAUCCUUCUGCCUGCUGGAAGCUGUUUGUUGCCAAGGAGCAACUUUUCCCUGGAGCACUUCCCUGUCUAGAUCCCCAAGUCCUGAGCCCAGAGUCUGAGACCUGCCACUUCUGCAGAAAGGAAACCACUUAUUGGUUCUCAUCAGAAGAAAAAAAAUUGUGGCAAAGGCAUAAAGACUCCAUUUCUGUCAACUUCGGAGCCUGUUCUCAUUCUUUGCUUGCUCUACCACUAAUGCCAAUAACUUGGGUCUCAUCAAACAUGCCAAUGAAGACCUCUACACCACUCCGUGAAGGCUGCAUGGAAGGUUGGGGGCCUGAGAGCCCUCUGCAGUGUCCUCAAACCCCUCCUGUCUCUUCUGGUGAAGGUGAUCACCAGGAUGAUGCUCCACAUUGCCUGUGUGGGUCUGGCCUGAGCCCCAUCUGUAAAACAGGAUACAAAUGUCUGUCCCAGCAUUGAUUCCUUAAGGUGCUGUGCCUCAUCCAUGAUAGUUCCUGUUUAAUCACAGUGUGAUUAUGGCAUCUUGGAAAGUUCCAUUCUGAAAGGCAAUGAGCGUACCUCAAUUUUAAGCCUGUCAUUUAUCAUUUUUUUCUUCUUUCUUUCUUUCUUUCUUUCUUAUCUAAUCUAUUGUCAAAUUGGCUAACACACAGUGUGUCCAGUGUGCUCUUGGUUUUGGGGGUAGAUUCCCGUGGUUCAUUGCUUACGUGUAACACCCAGUGCUCAUCCCAACAAGUGCCCUCCUCAAUGCCCAUCACCCACGCUCCUCUAUCAUUUGUCAUUUUUAAUUAAUGGGGGCAUUAUAAGCCAAUAUCUCAGGUGUUAUGCAUGCUGCCAGGGACUGGCUAUUUGAGAAACUGCCAAAGAGGGACUUCCUAAUCAAACUUGCACACCCUCAGGGCAGCUGAUUUCGGUGUUAGGAGGAAAGCUAUCUUAUUGAGCAAAUGUGUGAAGGGGCAACUUCACUUGUGAGACUCUUAACUAUGUCUAUUUUAGGUAGCUUAGGAAAGGGGCUGGAAAUUCCCAGGUCACAUGGGGCUGGGUCUGCAUGGGGACAGGCAAGCAUAGGCAGUUCCAUGGGAAUUGGCCUCAAAGGUCAGACCUGUCAGGCAGUUCUGAUUUUGGCACUUUCUUCCUUUUCUCUACUCCAGGGUCACAGCUUCUCAAAGACGCUUCAACUGAUUAAGGCAGGCAGGCGUUCCAAUAGACAUCUGGGAUGUUUGUGAUCUGUCGCUUUCCCCAAUAAAGACCUCUUCAGGAGGUGGCCUCUCUUUCAAGCUUUUCUUGAAUGCGCACCUGAAUCUGGGCAUUUCUGAGGCUGAGCUUCAGCCACUUUACUGUGCUCCUGCAACACUUUACUUGCUCAGAGUGGUGGAGGGUUCAUCAAUGAAUAAGACAGGUCCCUGCCCUCCAAACAAAAAAAAAAUCAAUAGGUAUCCAACCAGCAAUAAAAGAAGAAAGACUGCGAUAACUACAAUAAUACAGAUCAAAAGGAAGUGCUUUUUUAUUAAAUGGGCUGUAUUAGUUUCCCAUUGAGGCUGCAAAUUUAGUGGCUUAAAACAACAGAAAUUUAUUCUCUCACAAGAGGCCAGAAAUCUGAAAUGAGUCUUUCAGGGCUAAGAUCAAGGUAUCAGAAGGGCUGUGUUUCUUCUGGAGGCUCUGGGGAGGAUCAGGCAGUCCUUGACUCACCACUCGAAUCUUUGCCUCUGUGGUUACAUUACAUGCCUCUUCCGUUUGUGAAAUCUCCCUGCCUCCCUCCUGCAAGCAUACAUGUAAUUGCAUUUAUCCACUAGGAUAAAGCUAAGAUGGUUGCUCUAUAUCAAGAACCUUAAUAUAAUCACACCUGCAAAGUCCCUUAUUGCCAUUAAAGGUAAUAUUCAGAUUCUGAGGAUUAGCACAUGGAUAUCUGAGGUGGGGUCAUUCAUUAUUCAGCCCACCAUGAGUCCCACUCUUAUUUAUUCUUUCAUUCCCACCCCCAACCAAAUGGUCUACAGCUGUGAUGUCCAAUGCGGUAGCCACUUAUUGCUGGUCACAAUAUUGGUAGUCACGUGUGGCUACUGAGCGCUUGAAACAUGGCUUGUUUGGAUUGAAAUAUGCUUUA